AUGCAUGACUACUUGGCAGAAAUUAAAACUCUCAUAGACUCUGGAGCAACCUCAAACUUCAUUUCCCCCUCCAUUGUUGAAAAAUUCAAAAUGCAAAAAACCCUACUCAAAAAUCCACAAGUAGUGAGGAUGUUAGAUGGUACCCUAUCCCAGACUGGUUGCACUUGGCACCAGGUUCAACUUGCAGUCUCAGCCAAUGGCCACUCCCAUUCCAUUCCCUUUCUUGUUUGUCCCAUUGGCAACACCCCAGCUAUAUUAGGCAUGACCUGGCUCACAACAGAAUCCCCCCUCAUUGAUUGGCAACAGGGACUACUUACAUUCCCUGAACAAGCUCAAAUUGCCUCCAAGGAAGAAGCAGACCCCAAUCCUCUGGCAGACCUCCCUAGUCAGUACCACAAAUUUGCCAAGGUUUUUGGGGAAGAGGAGUUCAAGGCACUCCCUCCACAUAGGGAGUAUGUCAUAGCUAUUGACCUUGUCCCCAAAGCCAAACUCUCCCCUAGACCAAUUUACGGGAUGACAGAUGCAGAAUCCAAGGCACUCAAACAGCUUAUUGAUGAGGAAUUGGCAACAGGCAAAAUCUGCCCUAGUACCUCCCCUGCCAGCGCCCCUGUCAUGCUUGUAAAAAAAGGCUGA